AUGGCGGAAAUCAAGGAGCUCGGGCUGAACAACAGCGCCAACGCGCCGAAAAAGGGCCAGGCGGCUGAGCCGAGACCUACUCAGCCGCCCGCGCAGGAGGAGUCCACGUCGCUGAUAUCGAUGCUGGACAUAUUCGGCUUUGGCACGAGGAGCGUGCUCGGACGCCCGGCGGCGUACGGCAUGGUGCCCUCGAUGCCGCAAUGCGAGUGCCUGCGCAUAGCGGUCAAUCCUCCGGGCGUGCCGGAAAAGCCGAUAAAGAACGCCAUGAACAAGCCGAUACCCAGGUACACGAAGGGUGAGCGCUGCGCCCGCUUCAACCACUGGUGGCUGAAGUGCUGCCAGUCGGCAGUGCUGCGCAAGGCAGGAGUGUACUGGAACGUUGUCCAGCUCCUGGAGAACAAGAUAGUGGUAGAAGGCGUCAAGAUGACGGUGGCGGACCUCGUGCUCGGCCAGAAGACGACGACGGCCAUCACGCUGGACAUUCGCAGGACCUACCCGUCGCUCAGGUUCUACACCCGCUACGGCAGGCUCAUGCUCAGGCGGAUACUCAUGGCUUACGCCUUCUUCGACCCUGAGGUGGGGUACGUGCAGGGGCUCAACUUCGUCGUCGCCAACCUGCUCUGGCACUGCGUCGAGGAGCAGGCGUUCUGGGCCUUCAUCUCCCUCAUGUACAUGUACGACUGCAGGUGCAUGUACCUGCAGGGGCUACCGGGGGUGUUCAGACGGUGUGACGUCAUCGAAAAAUGCAUGGAAACGCACGUGCCGGGGCUCAUAGAGCACCUGCGGAAAAUAGGGGUACACAUACCCAUGAUCGCAUCCGACUGGCUCAUGACGCUCUGCGCAAACUCCAUACCCAUCAGGCCACUGGGGCGGCUGUGGGACUUCUUCUUCGCGGAGGGGUGGAUUGCAAUUUUCAGGUUCGUGCUCUUCAGGCUGAAGCAGCUCGAGCCGUACCUGCUCACCAUGCAAGACGUGGCGGACGUCAUGAAGGUCAUCAAGUACGGCCACGCCAAACAGGCGGAGGCCUGGAGCUUCAUAGAGCUCAUACCAGGGUUCGGACCGACCAUGGAGAACAAGGGCAUGAAGCUGGUCAAGAGCGCGUACUACUCCAACUGCGAGAACCUCACGAACGACCCCAACAAGAAUUGCAACAACCGGGAUUGGAUGGAAAUUGUAGUGGGAUCACUUAAGUUUAACCUCACGGCGGAUGUUAUCGACAAGCUGGAGCAGCAGACGACGGACGAGUUGUACUUCGAGUGCGCCACUGCGCACAAGCUGUUCCCCAACGAGGAGGCCGACUGCAAGAGCGAGGGGCUGGUGUCGCACGCCAGCUCGGAAAACGACGUGCACGAAAACGUGCUCGACAGGGACUCGCAGUCGGCCGAAGAAUGCUCGCGGCUGCCACCUAAUAUCGCAAACGACAAGUCCCCGUACGAGACACUGCGUAUGCAUGGAUUUGAAGAUAUCGCAACCAAACUGGAGCAGCUCGCAGAGGCAUUCCAGAAACAGCUUGCCGACAUCGGUGUCUCCAACGCGUACGCGUUGCACCUCAAGGCAUUAAGAGACGAGUGA